AUGUUAAGAAAGGCUAUUUUGUUAGGAGCAUUUACUACUGGAUGCACAUUGUUUCUACCUCCGCAAUAAAAAAAAGAUAUAUAAGGAUUUACAGCAGGCUUUAUAAACUCCUUUUCUGCCAUUAAAACAUGUAUUCGAUAUUACAUUUUUAUUUAGUAAUCGAAUCACUUUAUGAUUAUCAAAUAGAGUUAACCAAAUAUGAAUAUAAUACUGAAGAAUAUCAUUAAUAAAGAUCUAUUGUAUAGAUUUAUUAAUUUAUUCAUAGAUUCAUUAAAGAGUAGCUGAUAGGAUUUUAAGAUUAAGCAUUUAAAAUAAAGGUGUUUACUUAAAAGCAGGUUAAUAUAUUGGUAAUCUUGAAAGAGUUAUGCCAAGGUAUAAUUAUAAAAUAUUAAUUUAGAGAAUUUACAUAAACAUUAAAAGUCUUAUAAGAUUAAGGACCAUAAGUAUCAUUUGAAGAUGUUUAGAUUGUUUUAGAAUAUGAACUAAAAAAACCUCUAUCUGAACUCUUUACAUCAUUUUCUCAUAAAGCUAUUGCAGCUGCUUCACUUGCUUAAGUUCAUUAAGCGAUUUAUAAAGGUUAAGAAGUUGCUGUCAAAGUACAAUUCCCAUAAUUAAGAGUUUAAUAUAGGUAUUAUUUUAAUCAUUAUAUUAGAUAUGAUUUAAUGAUUAUUCAUAACAUUGCUAAACUUUGUGAUUUUAUUGUCUCUAAUACAAGCUCAAGUCAAUUAAACUUUUCUGAUUUAUUUACAACUUUUAGAAAUGCAUUAGAAAAAGAAUUAGAUUUUACAUUAGAAGUUUAAAAUGCUGAAAUUACUAGAUCUAAUUUUAAAAAUUGUUCUAAUAUUUAUAUUCCCUAAUUUUAUGAAUAUUCUUAAAGAGUAAUUAUAAUGGAAUUCAUUGAUGGUGUUAAAAUUAAUGAUGUAAAUAAACUAAAAAAUCCAAGAGAAUGUGCUAAUAUUUUAAUUGAUAUGUUUGGAUAAAUGAUCUUUAAACAUGGACAUGUUCAUUGUGAUGCACAUCCAGGAAAUAUUCUUAUUAGAGAACACCAUGGAAAAUAAUAAUUAGUAUUAUUAGAUCAUGGAUUUUAUACAGAUAUUGAUAAAGAUAUGUUACAAAAUUUUAGAUGUUUGUGGAAUAAUAUUGCUAAGUCUAAUUAUAAAUAAGUACAAAAAUAUGCAAUUAAAUUGGGAAUCAAAAAUGAACAUAUUGAAUUUCUACCUCUUAUCUUCUUCUAUAGAACUAUAUCAUCAAAGAAGAAAUUAGGUGAUGCUUUCAGUAUUGAAGAAAGAUAAUAUUUAAGAAAUAAAGAUUUAGUCACUCUUGAAAAUAUUAAUGCCUUAUUAAGAUCAAUGCCUCCUGAAAUCAUGUUCAUUAUUAGAGCAGCUAAUUUAGUAGGAAUUCAUAAUGCUUUACUUGGAGGUAUCUUAUAUCUAUUAUUUAGGUACUACUAGAGAUAGACUAUUGAAGUUUACUAAAUAUUCGGUUUAAUAUUCAGAAUCCAGCUUCUGGAAAUAAAAAAUUUAAUGGUUUAAAUUAAAAAUAGCAUUAUUUUUAUUUGAAUUUUUUGGCUUUGCUCCAAAAUGA